AUGAUGAAAUCAAGUCUUUGCAAGCAGGCUUUGACGGCUUCGUCUAUGAAUUACAAGCUGGUACAGGCAACAGCCAUCAGAAGCUUCCACGAGUCACAGAUCCAUUUCAACAAAGAACAAGCACCACAAGGAUCGCCUUUAAAGGUCUUUUUCGAUACCUUCAAGAACGAAGUCAAGAAAUCGAACGAGUUGAAGGAAAAUAUCAAGGCUUUACAGGAUGAGUCUGGAAGAAUGGCUGAAUCUGAAGCUUUCAAGAAGGCCAGAGAAGCUUAUGAGACAGCACAGAAAGGUAGUAAUGCUGCUGGUAAAGUGCUCAAGCUGACUGCAGACGUUGUAGGCGGUGCUGCUGUAAAAGCAUGGGAUUCUCCUGUUGGUAAGGGAGUCAGAACUACAGUACGUGUAAGUGCUGAAGUAGCAGACAAAGCCUUUGAGCCUGUAAGACAGACACAAGUCUACAAGGAUGUUUCUGAAGUUAUUGAUGAUGGUUCGUCGACUUCAUAUGGUGGAUUUUUGACAAAGGAGCAGAGACAGAGAUUGAGAGAGAAGGAAUUGGAGGAAAGAGCCAGAAAGGGAGUCAAGGGUCCUGUUCGUGAGAACGAAGAGGCUGGCGGAGAGUUAGUAGCCACUGAACAUAAGGCUUCAGGUCCAUCUGUUGGUGAAAGAUGGGAAGAGUACAAACUUAAAACACCUGUGGGCCGUUUCUUUACGUACUUGCAAGAGAAAUGGCAGGACUCUGAGAAUGGCUUGAUUUCACUUAUAAGAACCAUCAUUGAAAAAGUAACAGGGUUCUUUGCCGAAACUGAACAAGCCAAGGUGGUUAAGCAAUUUAGAAUGAUGGAUCCUUCUUUCCGUUUAACCGACUUCCAGAAGACAUUGACCAACUACAUUGUGCCCGAGAUCUUAGAUGCCUACAUCAAGAACGACGAAACCGUGUUGAAGCAAUGGUUCUCCGAAGCUCCCUUCAACGUCUGGCAAGCCAACAAUAAGCAGUUCAUCCAACAGGGCUUGUUCCUGGACGGUCGUAUCUUAGAUAUCCGUGGUGUUGAAGUAGUCACAUGCAAGCAGUUGCAACCUAACGAUACUCCUGUCAUUGUUGUCAGUUGUCGUGCCCAAGAGGUUCAUUUGUACCGUAAGGCUAAGACAGGUGACAUUGCUGCAGGUACCGAGGAUCAUAUCCAGUUGAGCACAUACGCUAUGGUUCUUACAAGAGUUCCAGAAGAAUUCGACAACGCCACUACGGAAGGAUGGAAGAUCAUAGAGUUCGCUCGUGGUGGUUCCAGACCUUUCCAUUGA